AAGCACGUGCAUGCGCGCUCGUGCCUCCCGGUCUCUUCCUGCCAAGCUGUGUAGUCGCGUUGUCCCGCUGCACGAGGGAACGGUUUGUCGAUUUGAACACGGGACAGAUCCUGUAGGCUGUAACUGCAAUAUGGCGACAGAGGUAAGAAAAAAAUGACCGUUUUUCUGACCUCUCUGUUUGUAUUUUGGCGAGAAAAUAAACGAAAAAUGACUCUGCACUUCUGUUUUUAAGAACUGCAGUGUUGUUGACUGAUAUGUUGCUUGUUGAACCUCCGAUAGCAGCAGCUUCAAUGGGUAAUUAAAUCAAUUAAAUGCACCUGGCGUGUUUUUACAAUUGAAGGAGGGGAAAUCUUCUCAUUCAGAUGCUUCACUUACUUUCAUGAGCUUUUAUUGAGGGUUGAUACCCCUGAAACAGAAAACUAUCCUUCUUCUUAUAGUUUUUAUUCAAUAUUUAGUUUGAAAAAUAGACAAAUAUGAUCCAGAAAGCCUGGAAUCUGUAUGCUCCAAGCUCAGCAGACUGAUGAUGAUGAUGAUGAUGGAGCAGUCAGCACCAUGGACAGGGACAGUCAUACUUCUAAAUGAGAUUGACAAAGCUCAGUCCUUGCAUUUUAAGUGAGCCAUUAUCCUUCAGAGCCUCUGGGGUUUCUUCAUGCCUGUAAUAGAUGGAGUUAACAGGAUUGGCAACUCCACAAAGAUCCAUGAGAGUCCAUAACAGAAAGCGCUGUCAGUGAGCUCGUCUCGCACCGUAAGGCUGCGUCUUCUACUACAAUCAACAGUGUUUGCUGGUGUAUUUUUAGCUUCAGUGAUGCCUGGUGGCUCUCAGGCCAGCAGCACCUCUUCUUCAACCCCCCCUCUUAGUGACCUUGGUGUUGUCAUCAUAAUGCUGAAGCCCCAGCUGCACCAUUACAAUAAUAAUGAUCACAUUAUAUAUAAAAGGGACAGCUAUUAACUUUGGAACAAGUUAAGGACAUUUGGGCAUGCAAAAUAAGAAAAAUGAUAAGGGUCAAACACAUCGCAACACCGAGUUAGACACCCCCUCAAGAGAUGGUUGUUGCCGACCGCUUGCUUCUCCAGUUAUACCCUCUUUAGUAACGACUGCAGGAUAGCAAUACACAGCGGUCUGAGGAGCCAUAAACAAACCUCAACCAAAACGCCACUCUAUAGCCACAAAUAAUGCUCAGAACAGCACCUAACUUCAUCAACAGUACAUAUAAAGUGUAGCAGCGCCGACAUCAGUACGGGGGGCUCAGUGUGUGAUGUGCCAGCGCGGCCAUUUUGACAGAUAUAACAACAUUAAACACAUUGGAAUAAUUGAAAUUAGGAUGACGUUAGGUUUUAAAAAACAACUGUUUAUUAGCUGACUACACAGUAACGGAGAACGGAAUGAAGAGGGCAAAACUUGGACUAAACAAACCGCACAGGGACAAGCUGAACAAUGAAGAAAGAGAGCGUUACCAAAGCAAAAUUGCGGACAUUGCUGGACUCGACCCAUAUGAACACACUGUAUGGUCAGAAGAUGAUUUCGAGACGCUACCACCGCUUAACCGAGUGCAUUCAAGUCAUGGCACUAGCCACCAAACAUCUUUGUAGCUUUGCCUGAUUUCUAGGUCCAUUACGGACUACAGCAGGGUGACGCAGCUCAAGGAAGAACAUUUAUGAUCAUUUCUUCAUGGAAACACAAUCAGACCGAGACGCUAAGGCAGAAGAACUACCGUGUCUGCAGUGAAAAUGAUUAAUAUGAUGAUUAUUACUUCAAGGAAAUGAUAAGAAAUGAUCAUAAAUGUUCUUCCUUGAGCUGCGUCACCCUGCUGCAGUCCAUAAUGGACUGGUCUGAGGUCUCGCUACAAACAAGCGGCUGCUGGAAGAGAGUAGGUGAGUUAUGUUUAGUCUCUUUGCUAAAGAAAUUGGGCAAAGUUAAAAAGAUGUUUGGUGGCUAGUACUACAGCUGGGACCCUAUAUGUCCUGUUGAUGAAGUUAAGUGCUGUUCUGAGCAUUAUUUGUGGCUAUAAUGCGUGUCUCUCUCUGUAUUGCUAUCCUGCAGUCGUUACCAGAGUUGGUUUAACUAGAGAAGCAAACAUUCAUCUCUGGAGAGGGUGUCUAACUCGGUGUUACAGUAUGUCUGACCCUAAAUUAAUUUACCGCUGGAAUAUCCCUUUUAAUUAGACUGCAUUUGUGACUGUUUUUGUGUAUUUUCUCGCUUAAUACACAAUUCAUGUGUAAGUGAAGUCGUGCUGCAGGUAAAGGUGCAGCAGACAGUGAGCCAAGCAGGAUUUGUGAGUAUGUUUUUCCCUCAGCCUGCAAGGCAUUGGCAAAGCAGCCCAGAUUUUCCUCUGGUGGGCUGCCAGUAUCCCUGUCCAAGCCCCAUCAAUUCACACACACAUGCAUGCACAUAAACACUUAGUGUGUGGAAGCAGGACAGGUUUUAUUUCCAAGGUCUAUCAAUUAUCCAUGGCAUAUCUAAUGCUGACAGCCCGCUGCAGUUUGUAACUGUCAGUGAUUGGAGUUUGAGAUGAGCGGUUCAUGCUUUUAUCUAUCUGUCGCUCCCUCAUGCCGUCCUCUCCUGUCUCCUUUGAUAUUAAAGCUCAUUCUGGGAUGUUUAUUGUAUGCCGAGUCAGCAAACGUUAAGUGACCAAGUAACAGUCAGCUCAUACUGCAGACUGUUGGUGCUGCAUGGCCGCUCUUUGGAUCCAUUAAGUCCACUCCUGCCAGAUCCUCCUCCUCCUCCUCCUCCUCCUCCUCCUCCUCCUCCUGUUCUCAGUCCUGAGGCUAGCCCUGGCUCCAAUAUGACACUGUUGACGAAUAACGUGUGGAAGCUCAGGAAUCAUCCUAAAGGUUGGCACGUGCUCAGCUCUCCUCUUAAACAACAGACUACCUUUAUUCAAAGAAAAAUACCUCUUCCAGCAUUGGUCUUACAGUCACCAAUCUUCCAUCUAAAUGUCAGGGAAUUUGACUGCUUAGUCAACGCCGUCUAAUCUCAAUGAUUUAUGGACCUCUGGGUAUCUCAGCUUGGCAGUAAAGAUGACUAAUCCUGCUCCCAAUGGCAGAAAACCAGUUAUGUUAGGAAUAGAUGAAAAAGGAAGGCUGACAGUAAAGGAAAAGACAGGAGAAUGAAAUGUCUAACUCUGAGUGUGUUUACUGUGCAUGCUGUAAUGUGUGCCCUUUGCAGCGUCUGCCCACUGGCAGCACUAACCCAUGCUGUCGUUACGUGUUCCUUAGGCUGGAGUGACUAAAGUAGGAAACAUGUCAGUGCAGUAAGAGUCACAAAGACCUGCAGAUGAAAGCUGGAGGAAACUGCAAGAGGAGAAGGAUAGGAGUAGGAAGUGUUAUGAGUGGUCAUAUUUUUCAUUUUAGCAACAGGUCUGUGUGGAUCAUGUAUUGGGUUUUGCUUCUGGUUCAAACUGACAUAAUUUAUUUGUUCAAGUUUGUUUCCGCUCAUUGAAUUUAGAAAGCUUGAAAUUUAUUUUGUGCAUGGGUGGAAACUCCCCAGGAGAUAAAACUUUAACUUCACCGGGGAAAGCUUUAAGCCGUAUCACUUAAAGUAAUAUUUGUUCAUUUUUACUGGUGAUUCAAUUAUUUAAAUAAGUUUAUGUCUUUCCUCUACUUUAGUAUUUACAGCACUUGUCAGUAGUGAGUGUAUUAUUACCCACAGGAGAUCCUGGUGAGCUCAGCCCGUAAGCUGAGAAACUGGCCGGAGAACCGUAACUAAAGCCGGGCUACAAAUCGCUGCAGACAAAAUCAGCUCAAACACAUAAUUUAACUAAUUCUCUGACCCAAAGUCAAAUAUUUUUAUGUAGUUUUAUUUUAUUGAUUCAACUUUACAUCAGAAACCAAGUUUUCUCUUGCACUGUAAAUGGAUAGGACACAUGUGCUCCUCUGCCUUCAGUGCAUUGAUCAGAUCUUCAGGUCAAUGACGUAUAAGUCACUUUACUUUGUUAUGCACACUUAGAUAUUAUCAGUAUUCGUAUUUUUGCAUUUCAUUUGAUGUAAUUUUGAGCAACUAAUGCUAAACAUUGUCUGGCAGACACAGUUAAUUAUUUACAACAGUUAAGGCUUCCCCCUCAACAGGGAUGGAAACUGAUAAUAAAUAUACGUUAAUACGUUAAAUACGUUAGGGUGACCAUAUUCUGAAUCCCCAACAAGAGGACGCUACUACGUGGGAUGGACUGCCAAGUUUUGAGGGGUUUAUUUUGGUUGGGUUGAGUGUUUUUAUGCGCUUCUAACUCAGUUAAAGGCAUAUCAUUCUGAAUUCCCAAAGAAAGUGCAUGCGUUCGUCGCGUCAGUGGCUUUGCUUAGAGGAGAGCAUCGAAUACAUGUGACUCCUUAUAUUUGAUGCCGUGACCCGUUGACAAAUGUUUAAGUGUUGCUGGUGUUCCCACCUUGGUAUGUUAUCACUGCUUCACAGGCGUCACACUGUUGUCGUCUUUCUUAGUAAAAUUAAGCCACCCUUAGAUUGUUUCUGCCUAGACUUUUCGUACCGGCCGCCAUGUUUUUUCCCCUGUCUCUAUUCCGUUAUGCAUAGACUGGCUCUCGCGAGACCAUUUAUCAAGGCACCUGGAAGAAAGGACUCCUUCCCAUCCCUACCCCUCAAUAGCUAACAUGAUGUAUUUUAAUAAGAUAAAGGUAUCCUGCAAACUGUGGUCAUUAUACAAAAAAAAGAAAACAAUUAAAGCAGAAAAUUUCCUGUAAAGAUGCGUUUUUGUUUGGGUUUCUGUUUUCUGGACUAACUUCUCAAAAUUAAAGAAGCAGAAAGCUCUCUACAGCAGCUGUACAUGAGCCGCUCUUAUCCUCUGAUUAAGAAAGGUCCACAGCUCCUGUCAUGCCCCACUCUUGGCAGCAGUUGCUCCCUCACUGUUUGCACAUCUGCACCUCCAGGUAACUUCAGAUCUCUCCUCCUCUCCGGUGAACACAGAAGCUUCACCCCUCUUUCCUCUGCUCUGUUAAGUCUUGUUCUUCCACUGAUUCGUAAAGGUGUCCUCUUGUGUCUAGAGUUAACAGCAGGUCGUCGCUGCUGUUAGCCACACGAUUUUUAGAUUGGUUGUAUUGUUGUCUUGAAAUGAGUUAAAUUAAAUGGUAGAGCGGACCUUGUCUGCAGCUAAUGAAAGUUUAGUUUCUGUUCUGGUUCUCUGGCUGGUUUCUUCAGACCAGGGUCCUCUGUGGGUAACACUCCCAUUAUUGACAAGUGCCUCAUUCAGCCCCAUGUCAGAUAAUGAGCAGUCCUUGAACGUUUUUGCCCUCCUUGAAUCAAUCAGUCUUUUUUAAAGGAGGUAAAAAUCAAAACAGAUUAUAUUGUAGUUUUCUGCCAUGAAUUUACACCAAAAGUCCAUCAUUUUCUUGGAGAUUGGACCAACCUCAUAAUUUUUACUAUCUAAAAAUAUCAUCACCCUGAAGUGCUUUACUUUGAACCUCAUCUGGUGCAACCGAUGCCCUUAGGUAAGUGGUUGUGCUCCUCACAGACAUCUGCUUUAUAAACUUUUUUUAGUUGAUUGAACAAUAAAAAGCCUAAAUUUAAAUUACAUGUUCAAACCUGUGGAUAUCUCCGCUCUAUUUGUUCCUUCUCUGUGUUUACUCAGUGUGCAGACAAAUGUAAAUUAAACUAAAGGAACAGAUGUGUGGGUGGAAGAGAGUCAGACAGUGCACCACGGUGGAGAGCUUCUUAAUAGAGUCCUAUGUGAUCUCUAUGACACUUUCACAUUGCUGUCGACUCCUGCUCUAUAUUUAGACACAGUAAUAGAUAGAGCGGACCUGAUCCUUGGUCUCACGCUCAGGAAAGUAAACAUCAGCACUCUGCCAACAGAAAACAUUUAUUUUAAAGGCUCAGAUGAACACUGAAAAGGCCACAGUGCCGUGUAACAUCAACAACCUUUGACGGAAGAAAUGUUUCAUGAAGCUGAAUAGAUGUUGGAGAAGACAUGAGAAACAAGCAUCUAUUCGGGCUUGUGCAUGUUAUUGGAGGACAUGGAGCGUGCCUCACAACCAAUCAGGUUGGGGGAGGUGGAGAAAUGCUUUGUUUACAGUCAGAAAGAGCGGGCCGCUCAAAAACUUUUAAUUGUUGACUACACAGAAAUAACAAAGCACAGUGAUAUCGUGAUAUUACCAAAUGUCAUCAAUAACUAGUAGAUAUUGACUGAUUUUAAAAGCUUUUUUGUAUAUACACGACAAAAAAGAUGCUUUUUUAACAGAAUCCUGCCUAACCCACCUUUAAACAAACAACAACAAAAAAACAUUUGCUUGACCAAAAACAGUAAAGUAAAAAAGAAAAUGUUCAAGUAGCUCAAUCUAGAGAAAAUUUGUGGACGGCACGAUUACAAUUCAGCCCAGAUUCGCUGUUCUGUACCGGACGAGCUUUGAAUUAAUGUCGUGUCUGAUCCAGUUGGUGACCGGGGUUUUAAUAAGCCUGUCUUACAAAUUAGUGUGAAGUGAACUUUAACAGUUUCUACAAGCACCUUUACACACAGAGAGAUCAAGAAAGGGAAAUAUUCUCUCUGUUGGUCAAUCUGUGUAGCUUUCUAAAUGCUAAAAAACAUCAAAACUUUGGGUCUAAAUAUCAUUGUGGGUCAACACUAAAUAAAGUCAGUUUUUUAACCUUGUUAAUACCUUAAAAAAACAUCCCAAUCACACCGAUCAGAUUGAAACUUUGAGUCCCAAAUUUGAUAAUAAAAUCAUCUCAAAGGUAGGAGGGGGAUAUCCUCUGAGAGCCCACUUUUGAACAGACAAAUGGGCUCAGUGUUGCACUGGCAGCCUCUCAAACACGCAGCCUCUGCCAGGUUUGCUUAGCAGUAAGAUCCAUGCAGCAUCACAAUGUGUUGCAGGGGUCAGUAGGUUAGUAAUAGACCAGAACACAGCAUCAACUCCCACCUCUGUAAUGGAGACUAGCAUCCUGCAUCAAGCACAACAUCAGCUUUCUUUUUAUUCCUCUUUUUUUUCAUGCUCCUGCUCUUUUUUUCUUUUUUAAAUUUCCUCACUUUCUCCCUUUUUUUCCUCGUGCCUUUGUUCAUUUUUCCCCUCCGUCCUGGCUCGGAUAUGUCUGAUUUUCUUAUUUUUUCAUCUGUUUUAUUUUAAUUUUACUUUCCAUUUCUGUCUCUUUCAUUCUGUCCUUCUUUUCAGCAAACCUCGAACCAUGAAAAAAAAAAACCACAACCAGAGUUAUAUGCCUCACAGCUGGCACUAAACUAAUGUCCUACUUUUAACAAUAAAUUACUGUUUCUGCAAAUAUCUAUUUGAAGUAAACCAGACACGCUCAACGAAAAAUUCAGGACUUCUACUCUGAAAAGAAAGGUCUCCAUAUGUGUUGCUUUUUAACGUAAUACAGUGUAGAUAUACAGUAGGUAGAUCACUAAUCCUUAUCUAGGAAAUUGCAGAUGAGAUUACUUUGAUGUUGUAUGUAAACACACCGUUUUAAAGAUAUCAUCUGAAUGAUCCUCACUCUGGGCUAUCUGAUUCUAAUUUGGAUUAGAUGCUCGAUCAUGUGCUGAUAAUUGCUUCUAUUAAUAGAGUGACUUGUUGUUCAUCAUGAUGGCCUGAAGAUAGCUCAUAGAAGGAGAGAGAGAGAAGAGGGGAGGGUGAAGGAGACAGAGAUCGCAAAAAGAAGGAUAUAAAAAGCUCUGGCAGACAGGAAGAUCGAGUACCUGUGAGAUGAUUUUGGCUUCCAGCUGACAAAAAUAGCAUCUUGGAUGUUAUUCCUGGUGGGCAUGAUAUACCCUAUAUAGAGAUGAGAGGGUGCUAUUGUACUAUGCUUUCUGAAAAUGGCUCACUUGGGCUUAUAUGCAUUCAGGUGACCACAUAAACAGAACCUCUGCUCACUUAUAAUAGUAACACUGCAGUAGAAAAACUCAAGCUUCGGUGGCAAUAUGAGAAAAGUUUUUAAAAGUUUAAUAAUUUCAUAAAUGCUCUGAAAAACAAUCCACAGAAAGGUCUUUUUUGUGUCUUUUCUACAUUUUCUCCCUCCUCUCUCUCUCUCUCUGAUUGCCGUCCUCUCGAGGGGAGUAAUUUAGAUCAGCAGGGAACAAGUUACACUGGCCCACUUGCAUGCUGCUGUAUUCUCCUCAGGGGGAAGCCCGUUUGGGUGUAAAACACACCACUCAGCACUAAAGUGUUGUGAAGAGGAGUCUCUGAAAGGGCUCGUUAUUACUGCAAAUGGGUCUGUUAAUGUAGGAGGGAUGGAGAGGGAGUGCUAAGUACGACUGUACUGCUGUUGUAGUAACAUAAAGAAAUUCCCGUAUAGUGUAGCUCUUUUGAACGAGGACAUAUAGGGCGUAUGACAUAACUCUCUACCUCUGCAGGCUGUAGACUUCAAACUGCAUUUUUUUUCUGUUUAAAAGACAUAAAAUCAAGUGUGGCUAUAAAUCAUGUUUGUAAAAUCAGUUUGCAAAGGGGCACCGCUGGUCUAGUGGUUCAUGCAUGUGCCCCAUAUAUGGAGGUUAUGGCUCAAGUUCACUCACAGCUGGUGGCUCCUUUACCGCAUUUCACUCCCUGCUCUCAGCUGUUCACUCCUCUCCAAAUAAAGGCAAACAGCUGAACAUAAAUCUUAACAACCUAAAAGAUAAAUUUCCUGCUAAAAAAGUGGAAAAUAAAUCACCAAAAACCCACGGUGAGAUGAAUCUUUCCCGGACUGUAAUCACAUGUAAAGAUGUUUGAUUAUUCUGUAUCUUGUUAAAGGCCUUGGUUUUAAAACGAAACUAUUUUGUACCAACAUGAAUACAAAUCUCAGCGUUAUAUAACUUGUUUAUCUUCCCCUUUUUCUGUGUUUAGUUCCAUAAUCUCCAGGAGCUGCGGCACAAUGCAUCACUGGUGACAAAGGUGUUUAUACAGAGAGACUACAGCGAAGGCACCGUCUGCCGUUUCCAGAGCAAGUUCCCGUCAGAGCUUGACAACAGGGUGAGCGUGAUUACAAACACACACUCGGAUAAACACACCAUGGCAAGUGCAAUAUGUUGGCAGAAUCACAAACCACCUGAGACGACGUUGACGCUCUCCAAGACAGAGAUAGAGAGAGAGUGAAGAGAAUAGAGAGAGAAUAAGAUCACGACAGAGGUGCAGAGGAUGCAUGUCAGUGAUGGGCGUCGGCUGUUACGAGUAGAUGCUUACAGUCAUUUUUAAACACAUGGAUGUCGUGUAAAAAUACGAGUAAGGACUCAUUUAUCGAUUUUAUAGAGGAAGAGUGCAAAAAAUACAGGUUCUGAAACGUAGGGAUUGUCUUUUUUCAUGGGUUAUGCUCACAUAUGUAUCAGUCAAAAUCAGUUUUCAAGUUUGGGAAGCCUUGAUGAAUGAUAGAUUAAAAAGAAAAGAGGAGGGAGGUUAAAAUGUCUUCAGGAAAAAUAGAUUGAUGCCUGAAAACUUAAAGAAAGAUUAGUAACCCUUUCUGUUAAGGUACACUUAUUACCUGAUAAUUAACAGGUAAUUACCUAGUAACAACGUGAAAUUAUCUGGUAAUUACAUGAUAACUACUAAGUCAAAACUGUCUAGCUACCAGGUAGGUAACCUUCCAUCAUCAUACAAACUUGAAGCUGAAUUGCUCUGGUAUUUCCAGGAUUUUCUCUGCUUCCUGGAACCACCACUUGCGUAGUAGCGUUGUACGCAUUCGGCGGGUGAGUCGCUGUGAUAAUGCUCGGCUCAAACAGCGUAUCGCUACGCAAUCUUCGCACGCCCAUAGGCUGUAUCAAGUGUCAAUCAUAGAAAAUAAGAACCCCAGAUAGCUUUUGAAAAUGGAGCUGCACAGAAAAAAGAAAAAAAGAAAAACUAGACAGUAUUGACUUAAUAGUUAUCAUGUAAUUACCAGAUAAUUUCAUGUUGUUUCCAGGUAAUUACCUGUUAAUUACCUGGUAAUAAGUGUACCGUAGAAGAAAGGGUUACCGAAAGAUUUUGUUUUGUAUUCAGUGUCUUCUUGCCACCCCUGCAAACAUCGACCAAAGAGCUGUCUGAAAUGUAAACAUUAUGCAAAUAAAGACAAACUUUUGCAGCAUGACCCUUCUUCUAACUCAGCAGAGAGCCACAUGAUCACGACAUUCGUAUAAAAACUAUAUCAAACUACAUUUGAUGUAUUCUGUUUGCUCUCUGUAGAAAGAGAAGGUCAAGAGGAAGAAAAACACAGUGCUUUUAUUUCCACUCUUAAUUGAGGCACAGGGGGAUGUGCUUUUUAUUUGAGGUGCAAAUUUGCUCUUCAUACCUACCAUGUGUCUGGCAAUCAACGGCUGAUGCAAACGGACCACACGCACAUGGAUGGCAUGAAAAGGAACGAUGAAGAGAAGCAGAGAGAAUCGGUUUAGAAAGAUCAGGAGAAAACAUUCAGAAAAUGGUCUCUGUCAGCUGUUCAAACCGCAACCCGUUUCUGUCACUCCUCUGUCUAAUUUUUCAUCCAAGUCUUAAAUUUCCUCAUAUUUUGGACGUAAGGUGUGUUCCUGAGUUGUUUGACAAAGUAAGAAUAUUUUUGGUCGAGCAGAUCUCGGCUGGUAUGUUUGGCCGGCUGUUUUGUAGCUGAGCAACUUGCUCCUACACUCACACUUCAUAACACUUCUGCAGUCCUCAUGGUUUGUGUGCCAGUGUUUGUGUGCAUGCCUCCUUAUUGUCUCUACCUGGAUGUGUGUUUAUGUCUGUAAGUAGAUUGAGCGAACGUUGCUGGAGGAGACGGUGAAGACGCUCAACUCUUACUAUGUGGAGGCCGAGAAAAUCGGUGGUCAGUCGUACCUGGAGGGAUGUCUGGCUUGUGCAACAGCGUAUAUCAUCUUCCUCUGCAUGGAAACACGUUAUGAGAAGGUAAUCAACCAGUGCACAGUUACUGAACAUGAUACCUCACAGCUUAUGAGCCAGAGUGAACAUGCACCCGUACUAAGAUGGCUGCACACUGAUGGUAAAACAUUUCUACCAGGAAAAUCUGCUUUUUUACUUUCUUCCUGAGGAUGAGGUGAAAUUUUAAUCUUCAGAGUUUUUUCUAUCUAUAUGGAAAUAGAGCGAGCCCAACUCUUUUAUUUACUCACUCUGUGUUUCUCAUUUGUUCAGGAUGUACACAGAGUGAGUGUUUUUUCAGUAGGAAGGUUACCAGUUUGACCCGAGCUGCUGCCGUCCACACGAUGAAAAAUCUCUGCGAUAGACACUGAAUUUCAAAUCGCCCCCACUGUGUACAUGCAUAUGGAUGGGAUUAGGUAGUACUGAAGGUCACCUUGUAUCGUAUUGUAGGCAUCAGUGUAUGAAUCAGCAACUUUAAAAAUUAUUCUGAGUAACUGUAAAAGCUAUUAAAGUAGAGUCCAUUCAACAUCCACUGAGCAGAUAAGCAUUAAAAACCAGUGUACCGUAGGUGUGGGAACGUGUGUUUUAAUGAAGAAAAGCAACGUUGAAAAAAUUGCUAAAUAUUUUAUAGUCAUGAUGGAGUUUUUUUAAAUAUUUGCUGAAAGACGAGUCAGAGGACAUACCUGCCAACAUUUAGGUUAUAAAAUCCAGGACAUUUUUGCGGCGCGUUGGGCAGUUUUGGGUUGACCUUGUAUGGUGGAUAUGAGCAAAUUAUGAGAAUAUUUGUAAUUAAAUUGCUCAUAUGUUUACAUGCUCUCCUGUAUAAGUCUCUCUGAACAUCUGUUUGUGCAAUACAGCGCUCUUUUAUCUGAGGCUGCCCUGAACGCAUCACUCCGAGACGGUGAAUGACUAUCAACGUUAAUAUUAUAUCUCACAUUUGUUUCCCUUUCAUUGUAGUGUUCGUUUUGCAACAAACGCUGCUUAAAUACAGUUUACAGCUUAAACCGACUUGAAUCAUCCCAAACUGUAAAGUAAAAGUGUCAAUCCAGUGUCUGUGAGGCUCAGCAGAAACACAGGACAAUCAUAGGUUGUCUGGAAACUUUUGACGAAUACAGUGAUCCGAUUCACGAAUGAAUGUGGACCAUCAAACUACGGGAGAUUCCCGGGAAAAUUGACAAUACGGGAGGUGGGUGGGAGUAAGGUCUAAAAUACGGGAGAGUCCCAGGAAAAACAGGAGUGUUGGCAGGUAUGCCCCAUGUGCAGUUGUUGAUAUCCUAGCUGUAGUUCUGGUCCAACACCAUGUCUCUCAAUACAUAGGCAGAGCUGACUAGAAUCCCUUGUAGUUAAUAAAAAGGAACUGUCCCUUUAAGUGUGGAGCUAAACCUGUGGAUCUUGAGUCAUAAAAUCUGGAAAAGCACAUUCACAAUAGCUCUGUAUUCAUAUUUUUCUGUUUGGCAACAUUCUCAACGCAAAACCCCUGAAAUGAAAGCAGCCAUAGAGUAAAGCCAUCUGUUCCUGUUUGAUUCACACCUGUGCUUUUCAUUCAUGAAGAAGAUCUAAAGACAUCAAUUAGGGGAGGAAAUUAUUAAUACGCCGCACUCAAACAAUAAUGAAAAACAUACUUUCAGUCUGUUUGUGUGCAUCCUGAGCAAAUGAGAAACAAGUUUGGGUAAAUAACAGAGUCCGACCAGAUGCUUCCUCUGCUUUUGAGGUUUUAUGCUAAGCUGGCACUAUUUCCACAGAGAAAUGCAGCCAACUUUCUUGAACUGACUUGAGAGAGUUAUCUGCAUUGAUCUCGCCUUUCUGAAAAGCAAGUAUGCAUAUUUUCCAAAAUGUUUUAGCCUGUAGUUUUUUUUUUCAGACAGAAAUCGUGUCGAGACACGGGGUAAGAAAAACAGAGCUUGGACAGCUUUGGCACGUUUGGGUUUCAGAGCGAACUGCUGAAUUCCUAAAGAACAAAAAGACAGUACUUAGACUAAUGAUGAAGAGAGAGGAGUCUUUGUUGAUGAGUUUACAUCCUGUUAAAGGGAUAUUCCGGCGUAAAAUACCCCGAGGGAGAUGAAUGUUGCCGACCGCUUGUUUCUCUAGUUAAACCAACUUUUGUAACGACUGCAGGAUAGCGAUACAGAGAACCACGCGCUCAACCAAAACGCCACUCUAUAGCCACAAAUAAUGCUCAGAACAGCACCUAACUUCAUCAACAGGACAUAUAGGGUCCUAGCCAUAGUACUAGCCACCAAACAUCUUUUUAGCUUUGACUCAUUUCUUUAGCAAAGAGACUAAACACAACUCACCUACUCUCUUCCAGCAGCCGCUUGUUUGUAGCGAGACCUCAAGCCAGUCCAUUACGGACUACAGUGGGGUGACGCAGCUCAAGGAAGACAAGGAAGAACAUUUAUGAUCAUUUCUUCAUGGAAAUACAAUCAGACCGAGACGCUAUGACAGAAGAACUACAGUGUCUCCACUGAAAAUGAUUAAUAUGAAGAUUAUUACUUCAAGGAAAUGAUAAAGAGAUGAUCAUAAAUGUCCCUAAAUUAAUUUUACGACAGAAUAUCCCUUUAAAGGUUCUGGGAAGCUGUAGAGUCAAACCCAACUUUUCACAGAAGAUAUACUGAAUAGACAAAUGACCAUUCUGCUGCACACACAGUACAGAUUUUUUUUUUUUCCAUUUUAGAGUAAAAAGCAUUCAGCUACCUUUCUCCAAACCACUGUUACUCUUUGAGGUCGGAGCACACAAGACAGCCGAGCCAAAAAUCUCAAUGAUAAAAUUCAGUUCUCUACUCCAGCUGUCCGACCUCAAGGUUUUGUAACCCACUCUCAGCCUACACCUGUGCACCGAGGAGCUGGCAUAGCACGCCUACUGUAACACCACAUUUGCCCGGAGCCCAACAAAGAUGUCCAUGUAGAGAAAGAGCAGGUGAUUAGACCUCUGCAUGGCUGCGGUGCAAGAAUGAACAAGAACACAGGGAUACGUUACACAAUCUCAAACGGAGAAACACACACACAGCGAGUUUGAUUAUUUCCCCUGUGACUACACGGGUACGUGGCGGUGUUUGACAUGAAACUAGACUGGCGUAAAGUCCCAGCAUGCCUCUCUUUUCUGAUCUCCGUCACCCACAACAUUCAUCUCCGCGGUCUUGUUGCGUUUCUCAAACAUUUCUUUAUCAAAGCGGCGCAGGCGGAUCAGGAGCUUGACCAAGAAGCACAAAGGACUUUUUGCUGCAUUGAAGCCACGCUGAAACGUACCCGUCUUAGUCUGCUUUCAUCUGCCUGUCAGCUGGGUGCUGCUCCAUCGAGACUUUGAGAUGCUAUCGGCCCCACAGGAGAGACGUUUAUUUACCUGUUUAACUUACUCACAUCUUGGCUGAGUGACAUUAUAACCCACAAUGAUCAAAUACACCCACCCAAGUCGAUGCUGUUUCCACACACCAGUGAGCGUGGACCUGUGUGCAGAAUCAGUGAAGCACCCAGACCUCUUGAUGCUUAUAUCUGGCCCUAUCAAAGGACACUGAUUGCUCACAGCAUGUCAGAACAGAUUCAUGUGCGCACAAGCAUUCAUAAAGCAUCCCCCCACGCAAAACUUGUACCCUCCGUCUACUUCCUUCUUUUAUUAUUCACAAGAAUGCAGCUCGCACACAGACACAUGUUCACACUCAGACACACACUCUGGAAGCUUUUAUUCUGGCGGGGGAAUACAAACCUGUGACAUGCAUGUCAAACAGACUGUGACACCUUUGCUUCUUGGGCGAUUUACACUCACAAAGCUUUUUCACCCCUGCAGGAUGAGCACACACAAACACACACGCUUGUACAACAGAGGCACAGCUUGUGUACUUGACUGUCAUAUUGUUACGCUGGAGAGGAUUGAGCUGCCCUCAGAGCUCGCUCGCAGCAAAACGCUUGGCCUUUUCCGUGCACAACAAUAACCCCAUUAGUCAGGGCUGUGCUCUGCGAGUCUCUGCUUCCUCUCCGCGAUAUCUAACCCUCUUUGAUGGCGAUCGGAACAAAAGACACUUUUUUUGUUGUGUAAGGGAUUUUGUGCAUACGCUGUCGCUGUUCCAAGCCAAAUACUGAGUGUGUUCUGCUUACUUGACAUAGAUCGAACUGAUUUAAAGCAGCGAAAUGAAGCUAACCACAUCCUCGUAAUGGCUCCUAACUUCAUGUCUGAUUGUAAUAUCAUCCAGACACUUUGUCUCAAAAGUCUCUUCUUCCUUUUCCAAUAGGAAACAACGAGAAGUAUUCUUUUGUGGUUUAGACUUCACUCGGAGGGGUCACUGUAUUAGCAGCUGUGCCUGCAGCUGUAACAGGCCUGCGACCUCCUGGUGGAGUGUUGCUCAAUGUGUUGCUCACUCUCUAUUGUUUUAAUCUCAGAAGGCUGAGAGCGCUGCACUGACCUCGAGUUAACUCAAGGAAGGAUGUGAGUCUUUUUGUUUGAAUAAAUCGGUGCAGGGAUACACAAAGAAAAUGUUGAAUUUCCACCACAGCAGACUACAAAGACUAUCUUCAGUUUUUUGUUGCAGUUUUGGUCAUCAAACCUUGAGUCUGAGUUGGGUCUAAGUCACCGGAGAAAUGUCCCCGUACCUGAAGAUUUGUAGGACUCCUGCUCUUUUACUCCAAACUAAUCACUCUUUGAACUUCAGCGGGCUGUGCAGGGAUUUUGCAUGUGUAGAAAACACUUCUAAUUUCCCUUGCAUAACAUCAGACUCAGGCUGAUCUUGUUGGUUUUUGCACUUAUCUUACCAAGGAGACACAUUCACUGUUUUCGAUGGAGGUAUCGAAUGAGCUCAAAUAUACCUGCAUCACAGUCCAGCUUACUUAAAUGUUUAAAAGUGGGGUAUUUUGUUUUCUUUUAGACUCUAUAUUUUCUUUCUGAUACCUCUUUAAUAUCUUCACGUGAUUUUCAAAUCAAAAAAGCCUUAAAUUUCUCACAGAGGUGUAUUAAAAUAUCAUGAUUGCUGCCUCCGUUUGAAACUCUUUGUUUCAGCUGCUGUCUCUUUAAGGUCCCUCCCUACCACAAGCCUACUUUAUUCUGAUUGGCCACUUUUACAGAGUUCCUGGAAGUUAUGGUUACCCUGCUCUGCUAUGGGUGACACUUCACACGCUGUUGGAGGCAGGAUGUACUGCUUUGCCGGAAGCACAAACUUUGUAAUUUUGCCGUUUUUGUUGUAAUAGUACGAGCCACCAAACAUCUUUUUAAUUUUGCCUGAUUUCUUUAGCAAAGAGACUAAACACAACUCACCUACUCUCUUCCAGCAGCUGCUUGUUUGUAGUGAGACCUUAAGCCAGUUCAUUACAGAUUACAGUGGGGUGACACAGCUCAAGGAAGAACAUUUAUGAUCAUUUCUUCAUCAUUUCCUUGAAGUAAUAAUCAUCAUAUUAAUCAUUUUCACUGCAGACGCUGUCGUUCUUCUGUCUUAGUGUCUCAGUCUGAUUGCAUUUCCAUGAAGAAUUGAUCAUAAAUGUUCUUCCUUGAGCUGCAUCACCCCGCUGUAGUCUGUAAUGAACUGGCCCGAGGUCUUGCUCCAAACAAGCGGCUGCUGGAAGAGAGUAGGUGAGUUAUGUUUAGUCUCUUUGCUACAGAAAUUAGUCAAAGUUAAAAAGAUGUUUGGUGUCUAGUACUAUGACUGGGACCCUAUAUGUCCUGUUGAUGAAGUUAGGUGCUGUUCUGAGCAUUAUUUGUAGCUAUAGAGUGGCGUUUUGGUUGAGGUUUGUUUAUGGCUUCUCAGACUGCUGUGUACUGCUAUCGUGCGGUCGUUACUAAAGUUGGUAUAACUAAAGAAGCAAGCAGUCAGCAACAUCCAUCUCUCGAGGGGGUGUCUAACUCGGUGUUACGGUGUGUUUGAGCCUAAAUUAAUUUUAUCCCUUUAACAGAUUAGCUGCUACAGGUCAUGUUAAACAUCAGUAUCAAGCUAAUUCAGUGCCAUAACUAUGAUAACGUUGAGCAUACAGCUACACUGCAUUUAAAGUGAAAUGCAGAAAGACUGAGAAUUGUCGUCUAAGAGAUGUGAAUGUAUUAUUUUCGCGCAGUUACGCAGAUGAGCUGAAGAUUCCUGCUCCUUCCUCAGAGUGCUGACAGCUCUCUCAGAGACGUGAGUCCCAGUUGAGCGCGGUUUAGCUGAUUGACACGGUUAGUCGGAGUUCAGGAGAAGCAUAGCACAUCAGCUCUGUUGGUGUCCACAGAGGCAUGGCUGAGGCUGAAUAAGCUGCUGUAAUGAUGCCACUUUAGCUGGAACAUCUGACCAUUUAGCUUCACCGGCCAUCAGUCAGCAGUCAUUGGGUUGCUAUCAGCUGCAUCGUGGGACAACAUCACAGUGCUUUAGUUUUAAUAAACACUCCUCGAGACUCCAGGGCAAACUGUGAGUGGAGCUGUAACGCUUCCUUGAAUUUGUGUCUAAACUAAACGCUCAGCUUCACUCCACCGCUGCGCGAGUUUCACACAGCUGAUGCAAUACUCGUGAGCAAAACUGAGAAAUAAGUUGAACAUCAAUACAACCUAAAUAAACUGUCCACUUCACAUUCGAGAGUGUUUCUAAAUGGCCCAGACAGUUAACUAAGGCAUGACACGUACCCCGAGACGGCCAUUUCUGGAAUUAGGAGUCGAAGCUUUUAAAUGGAAAACUUCAAAAAGGAGGAAAUCCCCGGCUGGUCGAUUUGAGUAAUUCAGCUCAUACAGGCCGGCUCGACAUAAGUGGUUUGGAAGGAUGUAUAAAAAUACUUCUGUACUUAAAGCAUAAUGGAAUUACUGUGAGUUUAGACUGUAAUGGUGAGGGAAAACAAAGACGGGUAGGGACCAGAAAAGAAUAUGGAUCACACGCUGCAUGUGAAGAGACCGCAGAUUUGUUCUUCCGUUUUUAACUUUUCCACCCAAGAGAAGGUUGUGCCCGUGUUUUACCCUCUUCCAGGCUCUUAUUUCAAGUAAUCUGCAUUUUAGGAAGUAAUAUCCUGAUAAUGGAUCUUCUGUUUAAACGUCUUUAGAGUUUAUUUUAAUGCUCGACUACAUUCUGCUUCUAAUGGUCCGUCUCAAAUCUGCAAUAUCUCCAGUAAUAUAUUCGUCGUUAUUAAACCCUGAUACAUCAUCUUCUUUAUUUUUAAUAUCCAGGUACUGAAGAAGAUUUCAGGCUACAUCCAGGAGCAGAACGAGAAGAUCUACGCUCCUCGAGGUCUGCUGCUCACAGACCCCAUAGAGCGAGGAAUGAGGGUCGUAUCCUUCUCUCACCUGCUGCAUUUCUCUCUGUUUGAGUUUGUAAAGAAAUGAUAUGGAUUAAUAUACAACAGAUACAGUAGUUAAAUGAUAGAGUUUAGAGUAGUGUUGAUUUUGGCGGCUGGUUUUAAUUUUAGUUUUAGUCUUUGUGUCAAAGUGUCAUUUUAGUUUUUAUUAGUUUUAGUCACAUUCAGACUCAUUUUUUUGUCUAGUUUUAGUCAAUGAUUUUAAUCUCUUUUUAGUCAUGUAAUUCUGUUUAACCCAGUUAAUAUUGUAUAAUUCUCUAGUAUAGUAUGGAAUACAUAAAACCAAAUCCGUUUUUUUACUGGUUUGUAAUUGAAGUGUGUCCAGAUAUGAUUUAUUUCUAUCCCCGACAACCCAGCCAUGACUCCAACUCACCCCAAAAACGUCUUUCUUAAAAUACUGCGAGUUAGGGGAUUGAGGACGUCGCCUGUGUCUGAGCAGGGCGACGCUCAGCCGUGGAAACAGAAAACAACAACAACGCGACACGAAACACAUUUGUCUCAUCUCAUUUUGGUCAACGAAAAUGCCGAGACAUUUGAGCAGAGUUUUUAUUUUGUUAACCACAUUCAGUGUCGUUUUUAUUCGUCAACAAUAUUGCAUUAUAAAUUUACCGUGUUUUCGGACUAUAGGGCGCUUAACAUCCUUAAAUGUUCUCAAAAAUCGACAGUGCGCCUUAUAAUCCAGAGCGCCUUUUGUAUCAUCACUUGUUUUGCUUACUGACUGAUUUUAUGUGGUAGAAUGCGCUCAGAAAUCUGUUACGGUAACUGUCGUCUGAGCUUCACGAAACCUGGAAUCAUCACUGAACAGCCAAGUUCCGAUUACAGUAACGAGACAAGACUGACGAGACGAGAGGGGGUCCCAGCAUGCUUGAUGCCGAAAUCGCACAGCUGUUUAACUCAGACACUUAUGAUGACGAAUUCGAUGGAUUUGUGGAAGAAGAGUGAAUCAAUAAGUGAGCGUAUUUUUCUUUACCGUUAAAUGAAAUUUGGACUGUGUUGUUUUGCUUAAUGCGCCUUACAAUCCCGUGCGCCUUAUGGCCUGAAAAAUACGGUAGUUAUCGUCACAAGACUACCAUUUACGUUUCGUCUCGUCUUGUUUUCGUCACGUGAUAAAGGUUCGUGAGGAUCACGUGAACCACAGGGAAGAUUUGUGACGUGUAACUGACUGGGUGAACCUCCUCUUUCUUUUUCUCAUAAAAUAUUAUUAGUGUGCCCUUGAACGAGGGACUUAGACCUCAGCAGCUGCUUCAGAGUAAUUCACUGAACAUCUGUUAUCCCCAGGAGUAAAUCUGAGGCCGGGCAGGGUCUAAAAAAAGCAGGCGUUCUUUGUCGAGUGUCCUUUAAACGAAGAAAAGUUAAGAUACAGGAUGGUUUAAUAAAUCUGCAGCUCGGGAUGUGUCGUUUUUCUACUUUCAACCCAUUUGUUUUAUUUUAUCAUCACCAAAACCCAGUUUUCUACCACAGCCUUUCAAACAUUUGUAACUCCUCACAUCCCUUAUCCUAUUUUCCUCAAAUAUGAGUUGCCAAGUUCGCAUGAUGCCAGCGGAGGUUCCUCAUGGAGUCAAAAGGGAGGGUAUGAGUGGGAGAGAGAGAGAGAGAAUGUGUCCAGUAGACCAUCACACAGGCCUGGCCCACACUGAGUAGAAGAGCUGGCUCCAAGUCACAGGGCCAACCUAUUUCCAACACUUAUUAGUCAGCACAGUCCUUCACAAUAUGGUCCCUGUUUGUGGAGACGAGCUGGUAACCAACAGAAACAGCAGCAGCAUAUGUCUAACACUAAUCUGUUUUUUCCUUUUUGUAAGCGCUGUACGCAGAACCAGCAGAAUACGAUUAAUCUGAAGACCCGGUUAAUCCUUUAUUUUGCUUUUUAAGUGAUUUUAAGACUGAUCCUUUUAGGACCCAUAAGUAGAGACGUCCUGGUAUUAUUUUUCUUUCUCAGUAAUCAUUCACUUUAACUUCAUUCAUGUGUUUCGAACAUGUAAAAAGAUACCAAAGUUAAAUAUGUGGGCGAGCAGAGAAAGUACACUGACAGAAUACUCACCGCAUCUACUGCAAAUAUAAUCAAAUCUUUUUGAAAAUGAUGAAGGACGAGUUAAAAAAAACAAACUUCUCUAGUCCGAGCAAAUCAAGAAAAAUGCAAAAACCGAACCUGAACCUGAUCUAGUAUCUAAUGAAUCGCAUAUUUUAUCAGAAUUUUUUAAGGCACUGUGAGGAGUUUUCACAAAUUCUGAAAUAGUCUCACUCUUAUACUGAUUUCUUUUCAUCAUCAACAUGGUAAAAUUAGAUUUUUUGUCACAAGAUUUGUUAUUUAUUCGUACUGAUUUUUGGUGUCUGUAUUCUGAUCAGAUUUUUCACAAAGAAGUUGAGUCAGUCGUAUCCUGUGCUCACCCCAAGUGUCACAUUCAGAGCUCUGCUGGUUAAGUUUGGUAGUGAGAAGUAACCCACUGAGCAUUUUUUGGUCUAAAAGAGGUCUAAUAGACGUCUAAAUGUAGCCUAGACGACUGGUCUAAAAUCAAGUCUAAAAAUGAACGUUUUUUUAGACGUCUAAAUUUAGCCCAAGUUUAGACUAGCUGGCUUUACUAUACUACAAUAGCUAUCAUAAUUAUUUUGGUUAAGUACUCAGAGAUCACGGUUGCUUUUUGAAAUAAAUAUUAAAUGAAUAAUGAGUUAAAGUGCAACAUCUAAAUUCUAUCUAAAAAUAUACAGAAUCUAGACGGUUGAAAUUCUGUCUAAAAAAGACUAGACAUCUAAUAAUCGUCUAUUGCUCAGUGGGAAAUUAGCAGGAAAAAUUAGUUUUUCUUUUCUUUUUCUUGGACUUUCUUCUUGUUCAUAAUUUUAUGUACUUACAGCAGGGUUAAUAACGUGUUUGAACAGGAUUCAGGGUUAAUGUCAGUGUGUGACACUCACCACUCAGAAGAGGAAAAGCAUGUUCAGGUUUAUGUUAUUCAGAUUUUUAUUCAGGGUUCGGAGCACAAAUCAGGACACCAGAGUAAUGAUGAGUGUGUGUGGUCCUUUAACAAUAAUGAAUCAGAGCUUAUUAAGUUCCGUUGUUUCAUUUCAGUUAAUCAUUUCACCUCACUUAUUAUUUAUUUUCCUCACACUGCUCUUAGAAGUGAACGGAUGAAUCUACCCUUUUAUUUUGAACACUGAGACACGAUUGUAUCCUUGCCAUGAGCUUUUCCAGAUGCUAAAAGCAUGUUUUAAUCAACAUGUUUGAUUUUAUCGAGGCUCAAACAAGAUGUUUUUGUAAUUGCAGCUCCUUAGAGAUGAGUCCUGGUUUAGAAAUAAGCAGUAUCCGCUGAGAAAGAAACAGGAUACCAGGAGGAGAAGGACAAAAUAUUCAAGCCAUUCAGUUCAUUCUCUGAGUAGAUAAAUCUCAUGAGAGGGUUGUUUGGCCAAACACUCACAACACAAAGCUCUGGGAUGAAAAAUGAAGUGUGGAAGUUGAAGCUCUUUCUCAACCCUGUUUUUAAAGCUCUCUCUGUCAUGAUGAUCCUUGACUCCGUCUGCCUCUUCAGCUAGAGAUCAGCGUGUUCGAAGACCGGGGCUCGGGCAGCUCCAGUCCCAGCAGCACCAUGUCAUCGGCGGGCAGCACCCGGUGACUGGAGGGGCAGCACCAGGCUUACGGGUUCCACCACAGGGGCAGCGGGACGCUCACCAACAUCCGCAUGCUGAAACAUGAGAGCACCAGAUUCUAAGGCGAGAGGAGAGAACAAGGCGAGGAGGUGAUUUACAGCAUUCAUACUCUCCCUGACACCCCAAGAACAGGAGCUGGCUUACACAAACACACUGGAUACAUGAUCGAGUUAACACAAGUGUGACAAAAACCCACACACAGACAGCAGAACACAACAUCCAGAGGGUCUGUGAGGGGAUAUCUUUCACUCUCCAACAGAAAAUCAUUAUAAUUUCUUUUCCUUCAAUUGUCCAAUUUGUGUUUCCCUCAUACCAUCACAUCUGUUUCCAUGAGUCACACCACCCCUGUCGUAAAGCUGAAUCAGCGGGCUGAGGCCUAAUUAGACUCGACGUCAAUGUCUGAUUGUUUUCAGGGAGGUCACUGUCACUGUGUCGAUCUACCCGGGCAGCCUGAGGUCUGUGCAGCAGCUCUGAAAUCUUAGAGGAGGAAAAGUACCAGCCUCUCAGGAGACAGAAUGUUCUCCGGUCUCGCUGAAUGAUUGCAUUCAUGUCAGGUGGUUGAGGUCAACCCGCUCUGAAUGCUGGCAAAUUGGGAUCGCUGUGGGACCGCUCGGUUCUACGCUCCAUUCACAUGCAUUUGGCUGCAGUAUCAAACAGCUAACAGAGAGCACCUCCGAUUGUUUAUUCUUCUCAUUCACAGCAGUGGCUCCUGGUGAUCCACAUCACAGCUGCAGGUCACUGCGCUCCUACGCUCUCUUUCGCUCCCUCUCUCUCUCUCUAUUCAAGUAAAUUUACCGGCUUUGUUGGCGCCAAAGUGUCAGAAAGAGUCAUUCUGCAAAAGCGUAAAAACACAGUUUGAUUAGAAUUUUGAUACGACAGUGAAAAAAUCCAAUAAAUGAAAGUUGAAUUUGUAACACAUAAAAAAUCUUAUACUCCAAAUAAACAGGAUACAACUUUGAAGAGAAACCUCUCCUACAAAAACACAACUUUGCCAAAGUACGAGCGAGCUGAGUUACAACAUGGAAUUUAAACCAACUUUAUCAGAGUUUCUGUAACAAACAAGAGCAGACAGCAGCUGGGUGUAAGAGUUAACCUGAAGGCAGGUGUUUGCACCUGGUGUCAUUUCAGAGAACUCAAAUUUUCAGAUUUUUACUGACAUAUCUUAAAGAUGUGAACUUUUUGUUCUGUUGGAUGAUGUUCUAUCUUUAAAAUCCAUCUUUAUAUCAACAUAAUAAUUUUGUGUAGCAGUGCUAAAGCAAGGAAAACAAAGUGCUUUAUUUAAAUGGCACAAAAAAGCAGUGAUAAUGGUGUUUUAAAAACACACACACUGCAAAAUAUAGGCAGGUUAUGUUAAAGAGCAGAUGGAUUUAAAUGUUGGUGUUUUAUCUAUGCCACGUGAAAGAAAAGACACCAUCUGCAUAGAGAGUGAUUGAUUUUUGACUUACAUUUUACAUGCCUGCCACCCCAGCUGUGGGUUAAUGGUGAGAUUAAGUGAAUCGUAACACUGCAGUAAGUUUUUAUCAGGCGUUUUUACAACAUAAGGGUUUUACCUGAGUGUUUAAAGAGAGCAGGAUGAGACUUUGUCUGAGGGAAUGUUACAAACAUCAUUAAAGUUUCUUACUAUAGUUUUUAACGUAUAUCCCUGAAAAAAAAUGCAUCUCAAGAUUUGAGAUGACAAAGUUCAGGAGAGUUGAAAACUUCAGCAGGGUACUUCAGACUCACACACCUACCCGAGUGGCUACCGGCCAUGCAGUCCUGCGCACACACACUCACAGAUUCUGGCAGAUGCAGAGUCGGAGUCAACCAGGCCAGACAAUAUUCUCUCUGGUCUCAGCUCAUUGCAAAACAAACGCUUCCCUGCAAGAGCGAGCUGUUUGCCUGGUUGUGAAUCUGCUGCGCAUGUGUCUGUGCCGUAAGAUGCAGUCGUAUCUACUGUGAGAUGAAAGCGCGCUGAUCAUUAAGGAGAAGUCAAAGAGCAAGGAUGAGUGCACCUAAUGAGAGCCGAACACUCUGACACAUUUAGUUUGGAGGAGGUGAAACGGUGUGAUCCGGCAUCUCUGCACUUGUUUGAUGUAUGUUAUUCAGCAUUGGAGUCAAUGACAGUCGUGCAUGAGGUUGCCCACACGCACAGUUCACUCCCUGAAUCUCAGAUAAUCUGUUUUCAUAGAUUUCUGUUCAGGUCUGGAGCUUUAAAAUGAAAGAAAAAGAAAAUCAAAAUAGAUUAAAAAAACAAAUGGUGCAUUUAUUUGUAUUUUGCAUGCAAACAACAAAAAAAAGAAGUGAAGAUGUCAAAGCUUUUAUCAUCCUGCCUGGUCAGGAGCAGAGAGCCAUUUGUCAUCUUGACAGAGAAACAACUAUAGCUCCCUCUAGGGUCAGACUGAAGAAGAUCUAUACCUUUACAAAUCAAAUAUCCCACAAAAAGGACAGUCAGAGGAUAAUAACGGCGUAUUUUAAAUCAUUGUCAGGUUCCUCAUGAAACUUAUGCACAUACGACAUCAUUUAUUCAUAUCACAUCACCUCUCUGCAGGUGAAAUUGUCUCGUACGCACGUCUUCAGUGCACGACAGCACCGAGCAGCCUGAGGAGCAAAAUCCGUCUCUUUUUAUGCCGCAUAUCUGGGUGUUUGUGUGUCUGUGUGCGCGGCGGCUGACGAGACUAGAGAUGAUCAUUAUGAGGCAAAAAUGUUGAUGCCGGUAGACAGCACACCCACACGUUGUCUAACGACAGACAAGACCUCCCGAAAAAGCCGGGGCCCCGUUUCAGCACGUCAUGUUCUAUUUCUGUUUCCAUAUUUCCUCUCUUUUCCGUUAUUUUACCAUUUUUAGUUUCAUCGUCGAUGAUUUCCUCCCGUAACAUAAACUCAAACCCUCCUUUCAAGGAUCAUUUUGAAGAAACCCUUCAUACUAGAGGACAGUUUGAUUUCACCUGGACGGACCUGCAGAGACUUUCCACCACAUCAGCUGAUCAGAUGUGUUUGUGUUCGGCCUCCUGCGCUUUUUGACGCCUUCAUGUUUCAUCCCUGUGGACUGGAUACCCAACCUGGGGCUGGUGGACUGAAAACUGACUUCAAACGACUCUCAACACUGCCAAUAAGCGAUUAAAGGAGCUCAUUGGACAAUGUACAAAGAAAUAAACAAUGAGUGUGUCUGAAUUGUACAGAAGAGGAGGAGGAGGAGCAGUAUUGUACAUGCCUGUCAUUGAUUAUCCAUGCUGAGUUUAUGGGAUGUAAAGAAGUGGGUGGAAAUGCCACAUUACGACUUUAUUCCAGAUGUCACUGCUGCCCAGAAUUAAACUCUUGGUACAUUUUCUGUGUUUUUAUAUCCUCUUUAAUUUGGGCACAGAGCGACAGAGCAGCUAUCGAAGCAGAUUGUCUGUACAGCUUUAAAACUGCUGAGUUGUAUCUUCUGUAAAAAUGAAGACAUUAUUUAUUUCUGUCAAAAAUGCUUUUUUUAAAAAAGUAUUGGUGAUGUAGCUUAUGAUAUUGUUCAUAACAACAACAAUAUGAGGUAAUAAUGUGGAGUAAACGGAGAGGUAAUGAUGUCAAUGAUGAUCCUCAGGGAAAGGUGUAAUUGUGCCAAAUGCAGAGGUUAAAGUUCUUAAAGGAUAAGUUCACUUCUUUUAAUCAGCGUUAGUCGUGCUAACGUUCAUGUAUUCACUCCGUCCAAAACCAAAGUAUUUUAAAAACUCUUCACAGAUUGGCUUUAGACGUUAAAUCCACCUGACUUUACUGAUCUCUUGACUCUUUCUGUACGGGAAGUAAUCUGGUUUUUGUUUGCAGUAGUUUUGUCGUCUCUGUUAAUUAAGUUUGAGUUUUUUGCCAACUGUGGAUUCGUAGCUGCAGUUGCAUGCAGACGUUUGUUUAUGGAGAUAAAUAGUCAUCAAAUUACUCCAGGUAGGAGACGCUGUGUCAGUGUGAGUUCAGAGGCUUUUAGUCAUUUUUUCCUGCUUGUGCUGUUAUGAAGUUGGUCAAUCCACUCAGCAUUUAGACAUCCAAACAUCCUUAAAUGCAUCAAAAAUAAUCAGUAAUCAGUUUUUAAGUUGUUUUCUCCUCUUCUUGAGUAUAAAGCUGACAAAACUUGAAUUCUUACUUUCAACAAAGCUGCACCAUGGCGCAGUUAUUCACGCAAACUCUCAAUAAACUCCUGGGAAGGUUCCCUCAAAGAAUAAAUAAAAUUGUGUCUAAUCUAAUCUAAUCUAAUCUUAUUGUAAUUAAGCACAAGAAAAUAUACAGUUACAUCAAGCCAGAGUGAAAGCUUCUGGGAAACCUACUGUUUACAGCGAAUCUUAGGGUGACCAUAUUCUGAAUCACCAAAAAGAGGACACUACUACGCGGGGCGGAGUCCCACACGAAAUUUUGAGGAUUUUUUAGGUCGGGUCGAGUGUUUUCUAUGUGCUUCGAACUCAGUUCUGCUGCACAGUACACAACCUCAAAACUCAAAACCCCGGACAUUUGAAGGAUUUUAUAAACUCCCCCGGGACAGGCUGGACAGUCCCCAAAAAGAGGACAUGUCUUUGUAAAAGAGGACGUAUGGUCACCCCAGCGAAUCUGAGGCCUGCUAAAAAAGAUGAACAGAUGCUUCCAAGAAAUUCAGUUUGAGCUGCAGAUGUAAAAGCUGCACUGAAAAGGAAGUUUUGUCCAGGAAUCCUUUAAUGCUAACUGAUAGAAGAAUUGGCUUCCAUUCGGACAUGUAUUUGAUUUCUGAUGAUUUGAUUUCUGAUGAUUGCCGAACUUUAGCAUUCAGUCCGACCAUUGAAGUUUGCCUCAAACCUUAUUUAAUGACCAGAUUCCUGCAGAGCUAAUUUAGACUGCAGAUUUAUAACUAUCAAAUGUUACACUUAUUUGAGGUGAUAAACACUGUGAUAAAGUUUGCAUGCUCACGUCAACAUUUAACUUGAAGCACCACUGUGUCACCUUGCAAAGUUCCGGCCUUUGCUGCAGACCCACCACAGUAGUCCGUGUAUUAGUAUUAAAUCGUAUUAUAUGCAUGAAAGAGUCAAGUGUUAUUAAAUCAGCAGUAUUACAAUGCUUCAUAGAUACUCACUGAGGUUUAGUGAUCAUACUUUAUGUAUACCACAUGAAUCUGAACUUACCCUUUAAGAAUCUGGUUGGAAAGAAUCACUGUGUGCCGCCGUCGAGGGUGUUAUGUAGCUUGGUCUCACAGGGCAACUUUGUCUAAUAUAUGGAGACGAAUCAAGGGAACAGAGAUUAUAACGUGUUAUAUAAUGAUUUUUUAUUAAAAGAUGUGAACUGAGAUAUGAGAACAUCAUCACAGAACAGAUUAAACCUGAGGUCCUUGAUUCUCGAUGCUGAUUGUCAAGAUGACCUCUGCGCCAAAAUAUCUCGAGAGAGAGGUAGAGAUAUAAAUCACCACUCAAGUGUGAUAAUGUGUAUUUCAUAUCCGCCUGAUAAUGUCACAUUUAUCCUGAACCGUGCUGCAGAAGUCUGUUCUGAGUCAGCAGUGUGUCCCAGUUUGUGUGUUAUGUUGUCACAAGUGAGAGAUAGUUCGUUGUGUGGUAUGAUGUCUUCCUGAAGAUGUUAAAGAUGAUAUAUAAAGUCCUGGUUUAGUCGCUCUGAGCCAUUCGGGCUCAAAGGAGACUGAAACUGGAUUGAUGUUUAAUGCUGCAUGAUGUUUGUGUAAACAAAGCAAGCACCAGAAGACAAGACGUGAACUCCCCGAUCAACACGAAUCCCUCGGUUCUGCUGCUGCGGAGAGACGAAUUUAUAUCUUAUAUUGAUGUUAUUUAUGUGUUUGCAUCAGGUUAUUUACAUAUUAAUUAAAAUGGGCUCAUGUAUUAUUUUUCCUCAAAACUGAUUAUUAUUCAUCGCCUCAAGGGAGGAACUUCAACUGUCUGCGAAACAUGAAUAAAGUAUCUGAUGAAGUUGA